GCAAUGGGCUAGCCGACAAUAAUGAACCGAGAUAACUGAACACAGCAGCGUUAUACUCCGUUGUUUUGUCUUUUUAAGGCAGUCAUAUGCCAGUUCACUUCACUAUUUCGAAUUUGCCAACGUUUCGCCCGUGGUCACCUGUGAGCAUAUCGUUUUAUUUAUGCUCAGUGUCCUUUUGUGAGGCGAAAAAGCGACGUGAGCCAGUGAAGAGGAAUCGCUUUUAGCCAGUCAUUGCCAUGGCCUCCGAGAGCAGCGACAGCUACAUGGACAGGGAGCUGAUUCUGGCCGACUUUCAGGCUUGCACUGGAAUUGACAACAUUGCAGAGGCUAUCACUCUGUUGGAGCUUAAUAACUGGGAUUUAGUGGCAGCCAUCAAUGGUGUGAUACCACAGGAGAAUGGGAUCUUACAAAGUGACUUUUCUAGUGAGGCGAGCCAGGCCUCCAUGUACGGACCCACGAACCAACCCGAAGCAGCCAAUUCAGCAGCUGGAGGUGUGGCUCCUCCCCCCUCUUCAUCAUCAUCAUCCUCUUCUCCUCCGUCAUCCUCUGCUUUAGCUUUUUGCCCGGCCGAUCCUACUUCCCGACACAUUGUAGAGCGUCAGCCACGGAUGCUGAACUUCAAGGUGGAGUACAGGCAACGUACUGUGGAGCUGGUGCUCGAGGAGGGCAGCACAGUCGGAGAAAUCAAACAAAUCCUUGAGACUGAGCUUGGUGUUCCAGUGUCCAAAAUGCAGCUGAAGGGAUGGAAGAGUGGAGAAGUGUCUGAUAGUACGGUGUUGAGAAGUUUACACCUGCCCAAGAACAACAGCCUGUACGUCCUGACCCCAGAUAUUGCUCCUACUGCCAGCACCAGCAAAAACAGUGGUCUCCCAGAGUCGUUAAGCCAGAACUUCCUGCUGGUAAUCAGCCACCGUGAGGCUCAGAGGGACUACAGCCUCAACUUCCCUGGCUCCAGAACCAUACAGGAGGUAAAGAGGAACAUUUCAGACUUGACUAACAUCCCAGUCCGGCAUCAACAGUGGGAGGGAUGGCCUGCAUCUGCAACUGAUGAUUCGAUGACACUAGCUCUCUCUGGGAUCAGCUAUCCCUGCCACCACCUUAGUGUUUGUCGAAGGUCCGCACCAGCCAACACCCAAGAACCCACAGAAGAGUGUGCAGAUGUCCAUAUGAUGAGUGACAGUGAGGGGGAUGAUUUUGAAGAUGCGUCAGAAUUCGGCGUGGACGAUUCAGAGAUGUUUGGAAUGAGCUCGUCAACUUGUCGGAAAGCACCCAUGAUGCCAGAGAAUAGUGAGAAUGAAGCGGAUGCCUUACUUCACUUUACUGCUGAAUUUUCUUCAAGGUAUGGAGAGACCCACCCAAUGUUCUUUAUUGGGUCUUUGGAGGCAGCAUCUCAAGAGGCCUUCUAUGGCAAAGCCAGAGAUAGAAAGCUGCUGGCUAUCUACCUCCACAACGAUGACAGUGUCCUCAGCAACGUCUUCUGCUCCCAAAUGAUGUGUGCUGACUCCAUUGUCUCAUACCUGAGCCAGAACUUCAUCACAUGGGCCUGGGACGUCACUAAAGAAGCUAACAAAGCCAGACUACUUACCAUGUGUACAAGGCACUUUGGCAGCGUGGUGACACAGACUAUACGAACGUAUAAGACAGACCAGUUCCCCCUGCUCCUUAUAGUUAUGGGCAAACGCACAUCCAAUGAAGUUCUAAAUGUUAUUCAAGGCAAUACGACAGUGGACGAGCUGAUGAUGAGGUUAAUGGGAGCCAUGGAGAUCUUCACAGCACAACAACAAGAGGACAUCAAAGACGAGGACGAGCGCGAGGCUAGAGAGAUGGUGAAGAGAGAGCAGGAUGAGGCCUAUCGUUUGUCUCUAGAGGCUGACCGUAAGAAGAGAGAAGCACAAGAAAGAGAAGAGGCUGAACAGGUACGCCUGGAGCAGAUGAGAAAAGAGCAGGAGGAGGAGAAGGAGGCAAUCCGCUUGUCACUGGAGCAGGCUUUACCUCCAGAGCCCGGUGAGGCGGGAGAGCAAAUCAGCAAACUGAGAAUCCGCACACCGAGUGGCGAGUUUCUGGAGAGGCGUUUCCUGGGCAGCUGUAAGCUCCAGGUCCUCUUUGACUUCGUGGCCUCCAAGGGAUACCCCUUUGAAGAAUUCAAGCUCCUCACCACCUUCCCUCGUAGAAAUAUCACCCAGUUGGAUCCAGGGUCGACCCUGCUGGAGGCUAAGCUGUUUCCUCAGGAGACUCUCUUCUUGGAGGCUAAAGAAUAGGAACUGGCCCUCUGAUAGCUGAGCAUCCACUGACAGACUGAUUUACUGGCUGGACGCACACUAGUCAACGAGCAUGGCCCCCCUCACCUCAGUCUGGGCCUCCAGUACACGCACGCACGCACGCAUACACACACACACACACACACACACACACACACACACACACACACACACACACACACGCACACUGGCAUGCACAUCCAGUGACACAUAAGUGCAAGUAAGCUUCUCUGCCCUUGGCCCGAUGGUGGCACACGAAUGCCUGAUGUACAAGUGUUGCACAGAGGAGCCAAGACACUAUCACAAGCACACAGCCAAACAUUCACCUCCCCGAACCCCCUCCAUGUCUCUCGACUCUUAACACACUUCACAAGUCCAUGUUACCAAACUGCUGUGUCAUGAUUUUCUCUCACAACAGGACACCAGGACAAAAGCAGCAACAAGAGACUGAGCAGGCGAAUCUGUCACAGAAAGGAAAAAAAAUAAAAUAAAAUGAUAAUUAAAGAAAAAAAAAAAAACACAAGGACUUCUUCCCCUGUUUCCUCAUUUAACACACCAAGGUUCCUUUUUUUAGAACAUGGUUUUUGUGUUUGAAAUAAAAAAAUAAAUACUGAAAAAUGUUAAAAAUAAAAUUUAAAGAAGUUAUUUUGCCUUGUGAAGGCUGGCUGUCUCAUAUCCACCUGUAUUUAUCCCCUUUCCCAAAGUGUGCUUUCUUCCCCCUGCCCGUCCUGCACCCCUCCGUCCGCUGUCGUCCGCGGGGACUGGACUUGAUGGGCCUUCGACGUCAUCACUCGGCCCCCGCAGUUCUCGCACCCCCUGGUUGUAACAUCCACUGCUCCACAAGCCAAUAGAUUGCUCGGUUUUCUUUUUCCUUUUUUUUUUUUUUUCUUUUCUUGAUCCUUUUUAAGUUUUAUGCUGUAUUAGUUUUAGUUUGAUAUACAUUAUAUAAAAUAUAUGAAUAUGAA